AUGGAUGUGCCCAACGAACUGUUGUUUGCCACGUUCUCCCACUUGGAUGUCCGGUCGCUCGAACGCACAUCACGCGUAUGCCGACUGUUUCACGCGAUCGUGGGAGACAUGCGCGCGACCUUUCAACACACCUACGAGAAUCUGAAGCACGAUCCGCGCCGACUCGCCGAUCAUGUCAACGCGUUAGCCCACGCUCUCAUCUCCGGCAAUGAUUACCACAGGAUCCUGGACACCCGCGGCGUGGAUUGCCCUCAUCGACCGCGGAAGAUCCGCGAUGCGGCUCCCCAGGGCAUGGUGCGCCGGAUCCCGAUCACGUUGUGCGGGCUUACAUCUGCCUACUGCUUGGACCUCAUCGCCACGAACGAUCACCAGCCGUCCCUCUACAUCUUCCACUGGCCCCUGUUUCAGUGCUCGGGAUCGUUGGGAUGGUUGUGGAUGGGCCUGCUCGCCAAACAGAAUGUUGAUUGUGUGGUGGGCAUGUGUGAGGAGCUGCCAGAUUCUAUACUCAACAAGUUUGCGCUCUACCAGGUGCACCGCGAGUACAACGACCUCGAUCACGCCCACGACGCUGCUGCGAUGAACACCACGCGAUCCUGCUUCCACAAGAUGUACCUGUGGGACACCAUUCACACAAUGGCUGGCAACAACAAACACAAGUGUGCGACCAAGGAGGAGACCUGCCCAGCCAAGAAGCAGAAAGCCCCCCACGAUCCCGAUGCGCCCAAGCGCCCCAUGAGCACCUACAUGCUCUUUGCGCAGAAGAAGCGCACCAAGGUCGUCAAGGCGCACCCCUGCCUCUCUGGCAAGCAGGUGGUGAGCAAGAUCAGUGAGCUUUGGCACAAGGCCACUGAUGCCGAGAAGAAGCUGUUCCUGGCCAAGGCCAAGGUCAAGCGUGCCCACUAUGCCAAGGAGGCCACCAAGUACAAGAAGGUGGCUGACACCAAGGCCCCACCCAAGCGCCCCAUGAGCACCUACAUGCAGUUCGCCAAGGAGCGUGGCGCUGUCCUCCACUCCAAGCAUCCAUCAUGGGGCAUCGGUGAGGUGGGCAAGAAGCUUGGUGCCAAGUGGGUCAAUGUCACCAACACACAGAAGAAGAAGUACAAGCUGCUGGCCAGCAAGGACGCCACACACUACACCAAGGAGAAGGUCAUCUACGAGCACAAGUUCAGCAAGAUCCCCAUCAAGAAGCGCCAUGUGACCAAGAAGAAGAAGGAGUAA